UCUGAGGCUAUUGGCGAGUCUCAGUUCCCGGAGAAAAAUGUCGAGCCAUGGACAACCGACCUACAACCCAAAAUCGCUGAAGGGGCUCAAGUUCGGCAUUCGAAGCCUGCAGCCAAAUAUAUAUUCGUUCAUGAAUCCAACUACAUUAUUUGUUCAUAUGCUCUCACUUCUGGCAUAAUGUCCUUUACUCGAAAAGCUCUGUUUGGGCUGUUUAGCUUCACAGGCCUCGUUGCGGCCACCCCAGAAGACAAACCACCAUGCCCCCAAGACUCCUAUACUCCUUAUGUCCCCUUCGGAUGCUACGAAGAUAAUAACCCGGGCAGAGCUCUUCCGUUCGGAGCUAAUCUUGAUUAUGGCUCUCUUACUGUGGAGAAAUGUACAGCUUCAUGCAAGGCUAAUGGCUAUCAGUAUGCUGGUCUCGAGUAUUAUGGCCAGUGCUUCUGUGGUGCAACCAUUUCCAGUACUAGGUUGUCUGAUGCGGAAUGCUCUUUCCCGUGUAACGGCGACAAAAACCAAACAUGUGGUGGAUUCAGCCGCCUUUCUGUUUGGAAGGACUCAACCGUUAAACAGAAUACUGCCCUGCCUAUUGAUUAUAAGUCACUGGGUUGCUGGACUGAAGGCACUGGCGGUCGUGCCUUGGGAGAGAACCAGGCCAACAAUGUCAACGGUUCCGAAUUGACUACGGACAAGUGUUUGGAAGCUUGCGGAGAGCAAGGCUUUGCCUACGCUGGUACUGAAUGGUCACAGGAAUGCUACUGCGGAACCAAAAUUGACUUCGACGCUUCCCAGGCACCUUCAACUGAUUGUUCUUUCCCCUGUAAAGGAGACAGCUCGGAAACAUGCGGCGGUACUGGUCGGCUCAAUAUGUAUCGUGCCCCUGGCUUAAAUUCUCCGGAAUCUUGUACUUCCCGAUCGUCGGUACCAAGUUUUUCAACACCUUCGUCAACGCCACCUUCGACUCGUCAGGUACCACCGACAAGCUUUGCAACGACUUCCUCUUUUGUACCCCCGAGUAGCACUUCGAUUUCGUCAUUUACUCCUGUCAGCAGCACGAGACCUUCAAGCUCUAUUCCUGAGAAGAGCACCUCAUCUUCAUUCUUCAUUCCGGAGACCAGUACAUCAACACCGCCGUUUACUCCGGUCAGCAGCACGAAACCCUCAAGCUCUACUCUCGAAAAAAGCACCUCUUCUUCAUUUUUCACUCCGGAACAAAGUACAUCAGCACCACCAUUUACUCCAGUCAGCAGCACGAAACCUCCAAGCUCUACUUUUGAGAAGAGUACCUCGCCUUCAUUUUCCGUCCCGAGAACCAGUACAUCACCACCGCCGUUUACAUCUACCCCUUCCUCUAAGACAACUCUGCCUCCUUCCACGGAGCGCACCACAUUUACUUCUUCCACGUUGACCAGUACCACAUCUAAUACAUAUAAGCCUCCUCCAUGUACGCCCACGAAGAGUAGCAAGCAACCACCCGCACCAACCCCCUCAUGCGUAUGCGCUACCCCGGCACCAUGGGCAGGCAAAAAUUGCGUUAAGGAGAUCCCACUUCCAUGCGUUGGCUGCAACGAAAACGAACGUGAACGUCCCGAAUACCCUUGGAAGCUUUUCAACCAAAAGACUUGGUCUCAAUGCCGCAAGUAUAGCCAGAAGAGCCUCCCGAAUGCAUGCCAGGACGCAUGUAAGACCCAAUAUACCUGGUGUGUCAAUUUGGCGAAGGAAGAGCGCGAGCACUCAGCAUACAAGAAGACCAAGGACCUGUGUGAGGCCCAAUACAAGGACUGCCUGAAGGUUAACCAAGAGAUCCCCGAUACAAACUGGUGCUUCAAAGAUAAUGGAAAGAAUGAGAGGGAACAUCAGAGUAAGAAAUGGUAUGAUUGGUUGGACGACUGGAACGAACAUUCUUGUGAUGAGGUACCCGGAUUUGCCGGACAAUCAACCGCCAUCUCCACCACCAAAGGAAAAACCCCCUCCUCCGCCCAAGGAGCAACCCCCACCGCCGCCCCCGAAGGAUGAGAAGAAGGAACAAGAGAAAGAUGAGAAAGAUGAAAAGAACAAAAAAGAGAAAGAUGAGAAGAAGAAACAAGAGAAGGAUGAGAAGGAAAAGCAAGAGAAGGAUAAGA